UGUGUAGCAGCAGGUGACACAUGUCACGUGCUCACUGUGGACCAGGCACUGGGUUCGGCUUGUCGCCCCGAUUCACUUACUGAAUGCUCGCGACACCUCUAAGGGAGGAAUAUCAUUAUCCUCGUAUCACAGACGGGGAAGCUGAGGAACAGAGAGGUUCAGUGACCCGCCCAAGGCCACAUGGCUGGUGAGUGUUUGAAUUUAAAAUUUUUUUUUAAUUUUUUUUUUUUAUUUUUGAGACAGAGAGAGACAGAGCAUGAACAGGGGAGGGGCAGAGAGAGAGGGAGACACAGAAUCGGAAGCAGGCUCCAGGCUCUGAGCCAUCAGCACAGAGCCCGACGCGGGGCUCGAAUCCACGGACAGCGUGAUCUUAACCUGGGCCGAGGUCGGAUGCUUCACCGACUGAGCCACCCAGGCGCCCCUGAAUUUUUAAAGCCUACACACACACACACACACACACACACACACACACAGUGGCCGGGCCUCUUAGCAGCUGGUUGGCAGCUAGUUGGCAGGGUGGAGGGGGCAGAAGGUGUCCCAACUUCCCCUCUGCUCUUCCUCUUGUGUCAAUGCCAGACAGGGCUCUGGGUAGGGCCAGCCAGCCCAUGAAGAGUCAGCAGACAGCCACAGGGUCAGGUCACUCUGACAUUAUGGGGGAUCGUCUACGGUCUACCUGAGCCCUUGGUCUGUGCCACGUGAUUUACACACACCAACUCCUCAAGGCCUCCUUCCCCUCCGCCCCAAACCGAUGAGGUGUCUGGGGCCUGGAUGGAGAACACGUCGGUCAGCUACGAGUAUGGGGAUUACGACGGGAUUCCGGACCUCCCCGUGGACUGCAUGGACGGCACCUGUGUCUCCAGCGACCCGCUGGGCGCCGCCCCGUUCCUGCUCUACGGGGCGGUCUUCCUGCUGGGCGUGCCGGGCAAUGCCGUGGUGGCCUGGGUGUCCAGGAAAGAGGCCCGCCACCGGGUCGGUGCCAGCUGGUUCCUCCACCUGGCCGUGGCGGAUCUGCUCUGCUGUUUGUCGCUCCCCAUGCUGGCGGUGCCCCUCGCCCUCGGGGGCCACUGGCCGUACGGGGCGGUGGGCUGUCGGGCCCUGUCCUCGGCCAUCCUGCUGUCCAUGUACGCCAGCGUGCUUCUCCUGGCCGCUCUCAGCGCGGACCUCUGCCUGCUGGCCCUCAGGCCCGGCUGGGGGGCCGCCGCCGGGCGGGCUCGUAGGGUGCAGGCAGCCCGCGCGGUCGCCUGGACGGUGGCCCUGCUGCUCACCGUGCCUUCGGCCAUCUAUCGCCGGCUGCACCAGGAGUAUUUCCCUCGACGCCUGGAAUGCGUAGUGGACUAUGGUGGGUCCGCGGCCGUCGAGAACACCGUGACCGCCACCCGCUUCGUCUUCGGCUUUCUGGGCCCCCUGGCGGUCGUGGCCGGCUGCCACGGUGCCCUUCUGUGCCGCGCGGCCCGACGCCGCUGGCCACUGGGCACGGCUGUCGUGGUGGGCUUCUUUGUGUGCUGGGCCCCCUACCACGUGCUGGGGCUGGUGCUCACCGUGGCCGCCCCGCACUCUGCGCUCCUGGCCCGGGCCCUGCGGGCGGAACCCCUGGUCAGCAGCCUGGCUCUGGCUCACAGCUGCCUCAACCCCAUGCUCUUCCUGUAUUUCGGGAGGAUGCAACUGCGCAGGUCACUGCCGGCCGCGUGUCACUGGGCCCUGAAGGAGUCGCAGAGCAAGGAUGAAAGUGUGGUCAGCAAGAAAUCCACCAGCCACGACCUCGUGUCGGAGAUGGAGGUGUAGGCUAGAAGGAGACUGGUUUGUGUUCUUCUGUCUGAUUUCGCAAAGCUGGCUUCAGGCACGGCUGGAUCCAGGGGCUCAAUGAUAUCAUCACUGAUUUCUCUAUCCGUUCAACAUCCACUCGUUAUGCACCUGCUAUGUGUAAGGCCCUAUUAUAGGCACCGAGGAAGUGGCAGUGACCAAAACAGACACAAACCCCUGCCCUCGGGGAGCUGGCAUUCUAGUGGACGAAGACAGACAAUAUUCUCGUGGACGAAGAUCAACAGAAAGCAAAGGAAAAGUGAAUAUGGAAUACAUCAAG